AUAGCGCUAAAUUGGAUGAUAACGAUAUUGAGAACAUGUAUAUUCACAAACUCAACCAAGACUCUGUGUAUUUUAUUACGGGGAAGUUUAGAUUGGAACUGGCUGUGUCUUCUUGCCGGGUUAAAGAUGCAGACUCCGGUUAUCAGAUGACGAUGGAAAUAAAACCAUAUUUGACGGCAGAAAUGUGUGGACCAGUCUAUGUAGUAAAUGAAGAAGAACCCUGGCUUACUCCAAACCUCUUGGCAGCUGCUGAAUGGCUUAGUAAACAUAAUUGUUAUAUUAAGCCAUUAGUCCAAUACAUGUCAUCACUUUCCAUAAAUUCUCAAAUAUUCCCAACAGCAUACCACAAUCCAAAUGAUCUAAGAGCACCUCCAUUUCAAAGAAAGAGAUUUAGUUGUGUCAAAUGGAGAUUUUUCCACAGAAAUUCAUAA